AUGGAAAGGUUCUUCUUCGUAAUCAGGAUGCGUCGCAAGUCAAGUCAGGAGACUUAUGAUGCAAGUAGCGAUGAGAAACUUGGCAUGGUCGUCAAAGGCUCCUCGCCACUGUGGAUUCGCUUUCUUGUUGGAAUCUUACGUAUUUGGUUCUUCAUUUACGACUGUCUGAAUUACAUACCGUACCAGUUAUUCAAUUCACCCACCGAAAAAUUGCGAAAGUCAAGUGCUGUCAAGGCUCAGUGGGUUGAUGAACGCGAUGGUCCUAUCAGACACGUAGAUGGACUUAAAACUGAAGAGUUUCCGGGAAAAGAUACUGUAGAUAAAGUAUGGCGACAUGUAGUUGAGUUAUACGAUGAAUCUCCUGCUCUGGGAACACGACAGCUGUUGUCAGUUCAUCACGAAAAACAGGAAGGUGGGCGGGUGUUUGAGAAGUGGGAAAUGGGCGAGUACGAAUGGAUGUCUUAUCGCGAGGUCGAGGCAAAAGUAGCAAACGUUGCUGCAGGUUUGCAAGAUCUGGCUAAUGACGGCGAUCAUAAGGUUGUCAUUUUCGCGGAGACGCGUGCCCAUUGGCUCAUUACCGCAUUGGCUUGUUUUCGUUCGAACAUUCCGAUAGUUACUGUUUACGCAACUCUUGGAGAAGAAGCAAUUGCACAUGCAAUAGACGAAACUGGGUCGUCAAUUCUUGUGACAUCAGCGGAAUUGCUGGGAAAAAUUGGCACUCUUGGAAAACGCUGCCACUCCUUACGCACUCUCAUCUACUUCCCUCCAGUAAACAAAGAGGCACCUGCUCCAGAUUUAACGCCAUUCAGGGAUCAAUUCGAACAUGUCUUGGGCUACAGCUCGCUUGAAUCAAGGGUGUCUUCUACAGUUAAAGAAUCUACUGCCCGCCCGGAUGAUCUUGCUUUAAUCAUGUACACGUCGGGCACUACUGGAGCACCGAAGGGUGUCAUGCUGCUCCAAAAGAACAUCGUUUCUGCCAUUUGCGGUCAAACGCACGGUGUAGGCAUUAUCAGUGAGACCGAUACUUACAUUGGCUAUUUACCUUUGGCACAUAUUCUCGAACUGGAUGCAGAAUUAACAGCAUUGUGCUGUGGGUGCAGAGUGGGUUAUUCAAGCCCGUUGACAUUGCAUGAUCGAGCAAGUAAGAUCAAACCUGGUACUCACGGUGAUUGUCAUGCACUUCGACCCACCUUAAUGGCUGCUGUGCCGGCUAUUAUGGAUCGCAUCUUCAAAGCAGUAUCUGAGGAGGUCGCGGCUAGUCCUAGAAUCAUGCAAGAGUUGUUUAAACUCAAUUACGAGCGAAAAAGGGCUCGUUAUCAAGAGGGUUACUGCAGUCCCUUCCUUGACAGAAUCAUAUUUAAGAAGAUCCGUCGUCUUCUGGGUGGGAAGUUGAAGGGUGUCUUAUCGGGUGGUGCUCCUUUAAAUGCCGAGACACAACGAUUUAUGAAUAUAUGCAUGUGUUGUCCUGUUGUUCAAGGAUACGGCCUGACGGAGACAUGUGGUGCCGCGUGCGUGGCCGAUAUCAACGACCUUAGUACCGGUACUGUGGGUCCUCCUGUACGAUGCUGCGAAAUUGUUCUACGCGAAUGGCAAGAAGGUGGUUAUUCACCUUUCAAUGAUCCCCCUCAAGGAGAAAUUCUGAUCACAGGAGAAAAUGUGUCCCCGGGAUAUUUCAAACAACCUGAAAAGACAGCCGAAGAGUUUAUUAUGUACAAGGGAAAGAGGUAUUUUUGCACAGGAGACAUCGGCGAAAAAAGGAAAGAUGGAUCAUUGAUUAUAGUAGACAGAAAGAAAGAUCUUGUCAAAUUGCAACAUGGUGAAUAUGUUUCGCUUGCAAAGGUGGAGUGUGCCCUUCUUAAUUGUCCAAUCGUUGAUAAUGUUUGUGUGUAUGGAUGUAGCUUCGAAGCAAAUACAAUUGCACUCGUAGUACCCAACCAAAAGCACCUGGAGAAAAUUGCUGAGGAGGUUGGAGAAGUAUCACAAGAAUUUAAAACAAUCUGUAGAAGCGAAAAAGUUGCCUCCGAAUUCCUCAAACGGAUGAAUGAGCAUGCCAAAAAAAGUAAAUUGUCAAAAAUCGAAAUGCCUGUCGCCAUCCAUUUGUGUGAAGAGAUAUGGACACCUGACAGCGGUCUUCUUACGGAAGCGUUGAAACUGAAACGAAAACCUCUUCAAGUGAAGUACCAGCACGUCAUUGAUGGAUUGUACCAGAAGAUUCGCGCUGCAUCGUAG